AUGGAUUUGUGCUUAGUAAGCACUUCGAAUGUCUUGCUGAUCGGAAACCCCGGCACUGGCAAGAGCACUAUCCUGAACGGCUUGAUCGGCAAACCGGCUUUCAGAUCCGGCGUGUCCUACGGCAGUGGCCUCACCUACCAGUUUGACAAGGUAGAAGAAGGAGGAAUUCGGUAUAUGGACACCCCGGGCCUUUCAGAUGUCACUAUGCGUCAGAAGGCAGCAGAUGCUAUCACUGAAGCGCUCAAGCAAGAAGGCACGUACAAGAUCUUCUUUGUAGUGGUGCUUCAGAAUGGCCGUGUGCGGGCCGAGGAUAUUGCUACAAUGUCAUCAGUUCUCAAGGCAGCGCCCAUUAACGGCACCGACUAUGGCCUGAUCACAAACCAGCUCCCUCCCCGCGAAUUCAAAGAUCUUCAGUCACUACCAGAUGUGGCGCAAGAAGUGCUUGGCAGUAUUUGGUGUACCAUGCCCGAAAAGGCAACUCCCCAUGUCCACUUUUUGCCGCGCGACGAUGAGCUGGAAGGAGCAGACGAUGUGGUGAAGCCUUUGCCCAAGGAUUGUGUUGACUUCAUAGAUAUGACACCUGGCGUGGAGAUCAAGGGCGAAGAAGUGAAACAGGUCCAGGCUGACGGGUAUGAAGAGCAAGUGACGCAGCUUGAACAGAAGCUCUCCGACUUGUUGAGGGACAAGGAAGCGAUGCAAGCUCAGAUGAGAGAAGCUUUCAAGGGCAGAGAGAAGGAGACGGCGAAGGCGAUGAGCAAGAUGUUGGGAAUUCAACGGGAUAUUUUCCUGAACAUGUUUAAAGCUGCGCAGCCUGCGCAGCGAAUGCCAGACCUAGUCAAAGAUGUUGCCCUUGUCAGCUUGGCGUUCAAGUUUUUUGCCCGUUGA